AUGAACGUGCAACGGUGCUGGCCAGCGGCGAAUAUCGCAUUGAUUGCGGCGCUUCUUCAGCUCGUGCUGCUGUACCGUGCUUGCAAUGGGUACAUGAUUUUAGCGAGCGAAUCUGACGAACCCGGCAAGGUGUUGUUUAAUUCUUCCGUUUACAAGCUCGGCUCCGAGAGACAGUACAAAAUCAACGCACACAAAACGGCCCACUACGUGCAUCACUUGCUGCGAGUGGACCCGCAGAAUGGGCAAGUGAGCCUGAAGCGCAAACUGAAAUGUGAUGGCAUCUACUAUCCUACCCUGUUCACGUUUUACGUCGACUCUACCUCGAACAGGCUCCGAAGUAUAGAUUAUUACAGCUUACCGAUAAGGGUGUUUAUUGUGGGCCGGAACUGCUCCGACGAGGACGAAGCCGUGGUCGCCAGUUUUCGGAAGCUGUUUGAAGAGGAUGACACCGGGUACAAUCGCCACCAACACCAUAGGCACAAGCGAGCGGUAGCGGCCAGAAUUGACGAGGUUCAAGACAGUGUCUCCCUCAGGACCUUCCAGCAGAUGGAUGCCGAUGAGCACGAUCAACGAAUGUACGGCGAGUACUUGGGCGAUCGGUUCCAUUACUAUCGUUCGGAGUAUCCGUGGUUAGCGGCCACCAGUGUUACAAAUUACACCACCUUCCGGGAAGGUGACGUGCUGUUCGACACUGUGCUGGACAACGAGUACCGACACGGCAUUAUCACACGCAAGCGGCGAGAAAUUCGCGAUCUGCCGGCAGAUCGCAUCCAUCGGAAGAUAGCGGAUGCCAAGCAGUGGAUUUCGGAGACGUACGCAUCGUACGCAAUUCACACGACAGAUAAAUGGAAGCACAUCUGUCUGAAAAAAUCACAAUACAUAAACUCGAUCAAUGCUUUCCUGCCCAAGACGGUGCUGCACCAUUGCACCGUUCGUUAUUUGGACGUGAACGACGAACGGUUUGAGAUUGAGACCCGCUCGGGGGAUUUGAUUGCCACCGGGGACUUGUGCAUUCCGGAGACGCUCUGGAAAGUGAUUAUAACGUACAACGUAAAGUGCGACCGGAACGAUAUUGUAGAUGCGGACCAUCGGCUGAAGAUUGUGUACCACCAUCAGGAGCUGAAUGACACCGAUAUAGCGAAGCGUGUCCGAAGGGAGCUACGGAAUCAAAGUCCUUACUUCGAGCAAGCCCUUUACGUGGCGUCCGUGUUGGAGGAGCAGCCACCGGGAGCCAAUGUCAUUACGGUGCGUGCCCGCGAUCCGGAAGAUUCACCGGUGGUGUAUUCGCUCGUUUCGCUGUUGGAUUCGCGAUCGCAGGCAAUGUUUAAGGUAGAUUCGCGCACAGGAGUCGUCACAACGUCCUCCACGCUCGAUCGCGAGCUGAUGGAUGUGCACUACUUCCGUGUGAUUGCAACGGACGAUAGUUUCCCGCCGCGUUCCGGCACGACAACGCUGCAGGUGAAUGUUUUGGAUUGUAACGAUCACACGCCAACGUUUGAGGCGGAUCAGUUUCAUGCUACCGUUCGCGAAGGAGUUGGUGUUGGCUCGACGGUUAUUACGAUCAGAGCCACGGAUCAGGAUAUGGGGAAAAAUGCCGACAUUGAGUAUGCAAUAACAAGCAUCAUGGGAGAGCACCAGCAGCAUCCGACGCCAUUGGUUGACGGCAACGGGGAAAACGGUCCAAUCGAACCGGACAAUAGCAGUGCACAAAAGUUCCGCAUCGAUGCUCGCACCGGUACGAUAUCAACUCGCAGUGCUCUCGAUCGGGAGGUUUCGGGCUUGUACACUAUCGUUGUGACAGCUACCGAUAUGGCCACAUCGCAGACUGAACGCAAAUCGGCCACCACGACGGUGUUGGUAAAGAUACUGGACGAUAAUGACAACUAUCCGCAGUUUAGCGAGCGCACUUACACGGUGCAGGUACGGGAAGAUCAGUGGGCGAAUGAGAACAAUGUGAUUGCCCAUAUCCAGGCUUCGGAUGCGGACCAGGGAAAUAAUGCAGCCAUUCGCUACGCCAUCAUUGGUGGAAAUACGCAAUCGCAGUUUUCCAUCGAUUCGAUGAGUGGUGAUGUCUCUCUGGUGAAACCGCUCGACUACGAAAGCGUCAGGAGUUAUCGGCUUGUUAUCCGCGCCCAGGACGGCGGAAGUCCUUCCCGUUCCAACACGACGCAGCUGCUGGUGAACGUGCUUGAUGCCAACGACAAUGCGCCGCGGUUCUACACCUCUCAGUUCCAAGAGGCUGUACUCGAGAGCGUGCCCGUGGGUUAUAACAUCGUGCGGGUGCAGGCUUACGAUUCGGACGAGGGAGCAAAUUCCGAGAUUACCUACAGCAUACAGAAUCGAGAUGACGGGAUGCCAUUGGCCGUCGACUCAAGGACCGGUUGGAUCCACACGACGAAAGCUCUGGAUCGCGAGGAACAAAGUCGCUACAGCUUUCAAGUGGUCGCUGUGGACGGCGGUAUCCCUCCGAAAUCGGCCAGCACGUCUGUCAUUGUGACGAUCCAGGACGUGAACGAUAACGAUCCGACGUUCAGUCCCAAGUACUACGAAGCGAUGCUGGCUGAGGAUCAACCACCCGGCACACCGGUGACGACAGUUACCGCCACGGAUCCGGACGAGGAUUCCAGGCUUCACUACGAAAUUACAGCCGGAAACACUCGUGGGCGUUUUGCGAUAACGUCACAGAAUGGGCGCGGGUUGAUAACAAUUGCGCAACCGUUGGAUUAUAAGCAGGAGCGAAGGUUUGCCCUUACCAUCACGGCUACUGACAGUGGCCAGCGAACGGAUACGGCGGUGGUCAACAUCAACAUAACGGAUGCGAAUAAUUUUGCGCCCGUUUUUGAGAACGCUCCCUACAGUGCAUCCGUGUUCGAGGAUGCCCCAAUCGGAACGACGGUUUUGGUGGUGUCUGCAUCGGAUAGCGACGUAGGGAUUAAUGCACAAAUAACGUACUUGCUAAACGACGAAUCCGUGAACGGGCUUGGUGCGAACGAACCGUUUACAAUUAACGCCCAAACUGGGGCCAUCAUCACGAAUGCGAAAUUGGAUCGCGAGAGCACUAGCGGCUAUCUGCUGACCGUGACCGCGAAAGACGGAGGAAAUCCGUCUCUCAGCGACACAACGGACGUGGAAAUCAGCGUGACAGACGUGAACGACAAUGCGCCCGUGUUUAAGGUGCCGCUUUAUCAAGCAACUAUUCCCGAAGACGCCUUAAUUGGAACGUCGGUAGUGCAGAUUGCAGCCACCGAUCUCGACAUGGGACUGAAUGGCCGCGUAAAGUACGCCCUCAGUCAGCGAGACAUGGACGAGGGUUCGUUCGUGGUAGAUCCCAUUUCUGGUGUGAUACGAUCGAACAAGGGACUUGAUCGCGAGAGUAUCCCCGUGUACCAUCUGACUGCAAUCGCAAGCGACAAAGGAACACCAACGAUGAGCAGCAGCGUAGAGGUGCAGAUACGGUUGGAUGAUGUAAACGAUUCUCCGCCGACAUUUACCUCGGAUAAGCUGACAUUGUACGUUCCGGAAAACAGCCCCGUUGGUUCGGUGGUUGGAGAAAUUUACGCGCAUGAUCCCGACGAGGGUGUGAACGCGAUCGUGCACUACUCUAUCAUCGGUGGAGAUGAUUCAAAUUCGUUCUCGCUGGUCACCCGUCCAGGCUCGGACCGAGCUCAACUGCUGACCAUGACGGAGCUGGAUUAUGAGUCGACGCGAAAGCGCUUCGAACUGAUUAUACGCGCUGCAAGCCCACCGCUGCGAAACGAUGUGUAUGUCGAAAUUUUGGUCACCGACGUCAAUGACAAUGCGCCGGUGUUGGGCGAUUUCCAGGUGAUCUUUAACAAUUUCCGCGAUUGCUUCCCGAGUGGCGUUAUUGGGCGAAUUCCCGCGUUCGAUGCCGACGUUACGGACAAACUCACGUACCGCAUCCUCUCAGGGAAUAAUGCUAAUUUGCUGCGAUUAAACAGCUCGACAGGUGGGGUUACCUUAAGCCCGCAGCUCAACACGAACGUGCCCAAGUUUGCUACGAUGGAAGUGUCCGUGACGGAUGGGAUUAACGAGGCGAAGGCGAUCAUGCAGCUGAUUGUUCGCCUGAUAACGGAAGAUAUGCUAUUCAACUCGGUCACCGUGCGGUUGGACGAGAUGACGGAGGAAGCUUUCCUGUCGCCACUGUUGGGCUUUUUCCUCGAUGGAUUAGCGGCCAUCAUUCCUUGCCCGAAGGAAAACAUUUUUCUAUUUUCCAUACAGGAGGAUAUCGACGUGAGUGGAAAGAUAUUGAAUGUUAGUUUCUCCGCCCGUAGGCCAGAUGUGGCAUUUGAAGCGUACUAUAGCUCACAGUAUCUGCAGGAGCGAAUAUACCUGAACCGUGCCAUACUAGCUCGGCUGGCCACCGUUCGUGUGCUACCGUUCGACGACAAUCUAUGCGUGCGAGAACCGUGCCUAAACUAUGAGCAGUGUCUGUCUGUGCUAAAGUUUGGCAACGCCUCCGGCUUCAUACACAGCGAUACAGUGCUGUUCCGUCCGAUACAUCCAGUGAACACUUUCGCCUGCAAGUGUCCCGAAGGAUUCACGGGUAGUAAAGAGCACUACCUCUGCGACACGGAGGUCGAUCUCUGCUACUCUGACCCAUGCCAGAACGGAGGAAGCUGCAUCCGAAGAGAGGGAGGUUAUUCAUGCGUUUGCAGCGAGCAGUACACCGGUAUCAACUGCGAGACGGCGAUUGCAAGUUUGAAACCGUGCAUCUCAGAAGUAUGUGGCGACGGUUACAGCUGUCUUACCAGCGGCCAAGGUGGCCAUUGGCCACCGUAUACGAAAACCUGUGAGCUGAUGUCGCGUUCGUUCACGCGCAAUUCCUUCCUCACGUUCCCUGGGAUGCGGCAGCGGCAUAGAUUUAACAUUAGGCUAAAGUUUGCGACCGUUCGCGACAGUGGACUGCUCCUGUAUAACGGGCGCUACAAUGAGCAGCACGAUUUUAUCGCCCUGGAAAUUAUCAACGGCAAGGUGGUGUUUUCCUUUUCGCUCGGAGACAAAGUGGAAUCGGUUACGGUCAACCAGCAGCGCAAAGUGUCAGACGGCAAUUGGCACACCGUGGAGGUCAGGUACUUCAACCGUACGGUGCUCCUGUCCCUAGACAGAUGUGAUACGGCAACUGCAGUGGCAGCGCUAGGAGAGCGUUGGAACUGUGCGAAUCAAACGACACUCGUAUUGGAUCGCCGGUGUGCCUCGCUGGUUGAACCGUGCCAUCGUUUCUUCGAUCUUACCGGUCCUCUGCAAAUCGGCGGAUUACCGAAAAUCCCGGCCUAUUUCCAGAUACAGUCGCACAGCUUCAUUGGCUGCAUUUCGGAUCUGUUCAUCGAUGAGCGGUACGUCGAUUUGGGAGCAUACAUUGCCGAUAACGGCACGGUAGCUGGGUGUCCGCAAAAGGCGGCAUCGUGUGCGUCAGAGCCUUGCUUCAAUGGAGCAACGUGUCGAGAAGGCUGGGGCGAAGGAUGGGAAUGUGACUGUCCGGAUGGUUUCACGGGUAAUGCCUGCCAGGAGUCGGUAGCGUUGCCGUGGCGCUUUCACGGUGACGGUAUUCUGAGCUUCAAUCCGCUGCUCCGUCCCAUUCAGUUGCCCUGGUUGACUACGUUUUCUAUGCGCACGCGUAAGCGGGACACCUUCGUAAUGGAGAUCCAGGUGGGCCAGAACAGCUCCGCCGUAGUGUCGUUACGCGAUGGCAUCUUGCAGUACGCCUACAAUGGCGAACCGUUGCAACUUGGCGGUGCAGAUCUCGCCGAUGGCCGUUGGCAUCGUGUGGAAAUCAAGUGGAUGGGCACCGAGGUGUCUCUUAUGGUGGACUACGGCCAGCGGAAUGGCGUGUUUCCGGUGGCGCAAAAGAUCCAGGGAUUGUACGUGGGAAGGAUCGUGAUUGGAGGGCUGGAAGGAACGAUCGGGCAGCAUUAUAGUGGAUCAUCAGAAAACUUCGAAGGCUGCAUUCAGGACGUGCGCGUUGGAGGAGUACAGUCGGUGUUGAAACGGCCAACAGUGCGGGAAAAUGUGCAUGAUGGAUGCGCCUCGAUUGCGAAAUGUCCCGACGGUUGUCCUGAGGAAUCGGUUUGCGUAAGCAAUUGGGAUGAGGCGUACUGCGAAUGUCUGCACGGGUUCGUUGGCAGCGAGUGUAAGCCGGUUUGCACCGUAAAACCUUGCUCGGACAAUGGAAUCUGCCGGGCAGAUACGCUUAACACGAAGGGAUACCGAUGCGAUUGUAACAGCAGCUCGAGCUCAGGCGAGUACUGCGAGAACACCGUCCAGCAACCGUGUCCCGCUGGAUGGUGGGGUGAGCGCAGCUGUGGCCCAUGCAAAUGUAACGUCAAGCAGGGUUAUCACCCCAACUGUGACAAGAGCACGGGUCAGUGUUACUGCCGGGAGAAUCACUAUCAACCGACGAACGAUACAGUUUGUUUGCCCUGCGAAUGUUACACCGUUGGGUCGUACGGAAAAUCCUGCAACAGCUCUGGACAGUGCGAAUGUCGUGACGGCGUCAUUGGAAGGCGAUGUGACUCGUGUUCGAACCCGUACGCGGAGGUAACCCUUAAUGGAUGCGAGGUUGUCUACGAUGGCUGCCCAAAAUCGCACUCGGCUGGACUCUGGUGGCCACGGACCGGUUUUGGAGAGUUGGCAGUGGAAAACUGUCCCUCACCGGCCAGAGGAAAAGGAACGCGACGCUGUGAUCAGGUGGAAAGCGGCUGGGGUCCUCCGGAUAUGUUUAACUGCACCUCGGAAGCGUUCUUAGACCUUCGCCGACAGCUGUCGCAGAUUGAAGUAGAUGGAUUAGAGCUCAACACGUUUAUAUCGGUGAAGGUGGCUGCAAGUCUGCAGGAAGCAUGCGCCGCCGUAGGAGGCCAAAGAGGCGGGGAUCGGACUGGGGACAUGACGCGUGAUAGCCGUAUGCAUGAUUUCUAUAUCAUCGAUCCCGAUAAAUCAAGCUCGCCAGGUUCGGCAGUAUCACUUUGGCGCGAGGACGACUUUGAACUGGAUUAUCUGCUGAACGACGGGCAAUCCUUCAUGCAAAAUAAGCUGUACGGAGCUGAUUUGUUGAUUACUGAUCGUUUACUGCACGAGCUGAUGCGUUACGAGUCAUAUCAGAGCGGUUUAAACCUUUCUCACAGCCAGGAUAAGCACUACGUUGGUAAUUUGGUCCAAAGUGCAGGUGAAAUACUGGACCGAAGGUACGCGAAUGAAUGGAAAAGAGUGCAAGAUUUGACGGGGCGUGGUCCAGGCAACUUGGUGGACGCCUUCAAUCGAUACAUGAUCGUUUUGGCGCAGUCACAACAUGACACCUACACGAAUCCAUUUGAAAUUGUCGACAAGAACAUGGUGUUGGGUAUGGAUAUUGUGACGGCAGAGUCGUUGUUUGGGUACGAAUCGCAAAUGGUGAAACAAUACAACCAAGGCGCCAAGCAGCAAAGUAAAGGCAAUCCAGACCAUCCCCGUGGACAACACCCGGAGACGGUCAUCCUACCUGAUACGAGCUCGUUUCUGCAAAAUUCGCCCAAGCAAAAACAACCGCUAAUUGCGUUUCCCAAGUACAACAACUAUAUGCAGGAUCAAUCCAAAUUUGAUCGCCACACAAAGGUGCUUAUUCCGUUGGACAUGCUGGGUAUCACUGCCCCCGAUAAGAACGAAGUGGUCAACCAGAUCGCCGAACAUCGUGCCAUUUUCACAUACGCACAAUAUAAAGAUGCCGGGGAACUUUUCCCGGCCAAUUUCGAUGAAACCGUAACACGCCGUUGGGGUGUAGAGAUGCAAAUCGCGAGCAGCCUACUGUCGAUAGCCAUCGUGACACCUGACAUGACUAAGGACUCAACGUUGCAGGUCAUUCCCUCGGUGUCGGGGAUGAUCGAUAGACAAGAUAACGUUCACGCGGAAACAAUUGCUCCACCGCCGUCGAAACUCUCAGAUCGACCGAACGACAAGCUUUCGAUGAGUGAAAUUAAAAUUUCCAUCCACGAUAUGAGCGAUCAAGAGGACGGACUAGACACGUUCGAUCAGCAUGCUCCGCAGCAGGUUCCGCUCGUGAAGACGGCAGACGAUGGAGAUGAUUUCUUCCACGAUGUCGAUAUGCCUGAAACGGUAGUACUGGCAAGGAGCGAACAUGUCGACCGAUCGCCGGAAGGAACGAUCAGAAAGCGGCGUGCAAGCAUUGUAUCCGCGCCGGUUGAAAUCGGUGGAGCUGCGUCGGGCGAGAUGGACGGAACAUCCCGCACCAAUUACGUUCCACUCGGCCAGCCUCAUUUGACGCAAGCGCUCAAAUUACAAAUGUGGUUAAACAUUCCUAGGAAUCGGUUUGGGCCGCGAUCGAACCCACAGUGUGUCCGUUGGAACUCGCACGCAAACCUGUGGACCCGCAUCGGAUGCCAAACCGAAAUUCCCAACUAUGAAUCCAUCGGGCACAAUGAUACGAUACUGGUAAACUGUACGUGCAACCAGCUGGCAACGUACGCUGUGCUGGUGGACAUCAUCGAUCCAGAAGACAUUCCCGAGCCGUCGCUUCUGGUGCAAAUUACCUCGUACUCUGCGUUCUUGCUCUCGCUUCCCAUUUUGUUUGCGGUGAUCAUAUCGCUGGCCUUACUACGUGGACUGCAGACUAACUCGAACAGCAUUCACCAGAAUUUGUUGUUUUGCAUUUUCUCCGCCGAGUUGCUUUUCUUUAUCGCUAUCCAGGCGCGACGGGAACUGCUUGAUAACGAGUUCCCGUGCAAACUAGUCGCUAUUGCAUUGCACUACUCCUGGCUAGCCGCAUUCGCGUGGACCACAGUGGAUUGCGUUCAUCUGUACCGCAUGUUGACUGAAAUGCGGGACAUCAACCAUGGUCCGAUGGGAUUCUAUCACACGGUCGGAUACGGAGCGCCUGCUCUGCUCGUGGGUCUAGCCGUGGGUGUGCGCGUGCAUGAAUAUGGCAACAGUUUGUUCUGUUGGUUAUCUGUGUACGAGUCCGUUAUCUGGUGGAUGGUUGGCCCAAUUGCGAUCGCGUCGAUAUUGGAUCUAUUUAUCCUUUUCUUAUCCGUGAAGGCAGCUUUCACGAUCAAGGAUCAUGUGCUGGGAUUCGGCAACCUUCGCACCCUGGUGUGGCUGUCGGUUGUGUCCCUGCCGCUGUUGGGCAUCAUGUGGGUGCUUGCCGUGCUGUCUGCGUCGGACAACUCGCAGUUAGUCAACAUGCUGCUGUCCGCUGUUGUGUUGAUGCACUCACUUUUCUCCAUAAUUGGGUAUUGCAUCAUCAACAAACGCGUGCGUGAAAACCUACACAACGCAUUCCUACGGUGCAUUGGUCGCAAGGUGCCACUGUUGGAAUCAUCGAUUGCCAUCAGCAACAGCUCCCAAAACGUGGGUUCGCCAAAAACGGCUGGAUUUGCGGGCACCUCGAGUGGACAGUACGAUACUGCCCGGCGCAACAUUGGAAUCAGUACGUCCAGUACGACCUCACGCAGCACGGCGAAAACAAGCUCCAGCCCUUAUCGUAGUGACGGUCAGUUCCGCCACACUUCAACGUCGACUUCCAACUACAACAGCGAUGGGGUAGCAUCGUAUAUGCGUGGGCACUAUGAGGAGAGUGCUUUGCGAAAGAUCAAGAACGGUGGCCAAGGGCGAGAUGGUGAACGACGCAGCCAUCGACGACACCGACGUGAUUCCGACUCGGGUAGUGAAACUGAUGGUCGCAGUUUGGAGCUUGCCUCUAGCCACUCGAGCGAUGACGAAGAAUCACGGGUUGGUCGUAACAGCAGCACGCAUCGUAGCACUGGCGUAUGCAGUACAUCGUAUCUACCAAACAUCACGGAGCACGUGGCCACCACACCGCCGGAGUUGCACGUUGUCCAGAGUCCACAGCUAUUCCCCAAUGUCACACCAACGAGAUGGCCAAAUCAGAACACUGCAAACUAUUUACCACCCGGAAAUGGACGAUGGUCGCAAGAGACAGGAUCGGAUAACGAGGCGCACCCCCACAAAUCUCCCACCAGCGGUGGCUCGUUACCGAAUCCAGACAUUACGGAAACAUCGUACCUUCAUCAGAACCGCAUGAACAUGCCACCCUCAAUUUUGGAAAACAUACAAGAAAAUUAUAACAUUGGCUAUUCAAACACAGAUCUGCAUAGUGAUCGAAACUACAGUAACUACGGCACGGCCGAUAACUACAUACCACCAACCGACUAUGCGAAGCGCUACGACCCGCAAGCACAGUCGAAUCCUUCGAGCACUCUCCCGCACCAUUAUGCAUCGUCGGUUAAUGGUAGCAAUGGAGGAGGUGUGCCUAUUGCCGAAGCACGGCAUACAGGCUCAAUGCAGAUCAUCAAUCACAUGCGUACAUACCAGCAUGAGAAUCCCUACGCACUAAAGGAGUCGCUAUACGAUCGAUCGCGCACUCUCGGCUACGGGACAGGUGGUGCUGAAUCGCCGUAUCACGGUCACCCGCUGGGAGCUCCCACGGAUCUGUACAGCCCACCCGGAUCUCACGUGAUGUCGUUUAAAUCGAGCGUGCAAUCGUUGUUGAAAAACGAUUACCAACAGCAACAGCGACAGCAGCAAAAGAAUCAUCAAUCAGGAGCAGGAAAUGGCGGGGAUUCCGAUAGGAUGUCGGAAGGAUCCGAUAAAAAUCCGUACAACUUCCCGUACACCGCCGAGGAGGAUCAUCUAGUGCAUAAUGGGGCGUCCAGAACACACCAUGGUAACGGAAUGGAAAGUAUUCCACAGCUGGACCAUUCGGCAGCGUCUCCUCCUCCACCACAGCUGUUAAUGAGAGGCACGGAAGGGAUGUCCCCUGCACCGUUACAAUCCAUGGGACAGUUGGGAGCUGCAAAUGAAGCAAUCAACGAUGACGAUGAGACGACCGUGUAG